ACCGAGACAAUGAAAAAUUCCGUACAGAGUGUUGACAAAAAUAAACUUGUACCUCCUGAUGGAGGAUGGGGGUACAUUGUGACGGUAUCAAUAAUAGUAUCUCAAUAUGCUACAGUUGUUCCACUGACGUCAUUUGGGAUUCUGUAUGGCCCAUUUAUGGCAUCUAUUGGUGACGAAAAGAGUGGCAUAUCGAUGCUGAUUUCAACAUUUGUUGCAGUUUCAUCUCUCACAGGUUUCGUCUCAAGUUUCCUCCUACGGAAAUAUACUACAAGAAUGACUGGUUUGAUUGGAGCGACUUGUUAUUUUAUAGGAUACUGUAUAGAAAUAUUUGGCACAACAUUCUCACAUAUGUUGGUGUGCUUUGGUUUUAUCAAAGGAUUUGGAUACGGUUUAUUGACGCCGUCAUUACAUACAACUAUGAAUAACUACUUCAGCAAGAAACUAAACCUAAUGAUGGGGAUUUCUCAGGCGGUUACUUCUGUGGGUACUGUGAUGAGCCCACCAAUGGCGAUUCAUUUAAUGGAAAAUCUGGGAUUCAAAAAAACUUUGGGAGUGUUCGCAGGAUUUUCUAUUCUCAAUUUUCCUGCUGUGGCUACAUUCCGUAAUGUGGAAAAAUAUCAACAGAUCCAGACGUCAGCAACUUCUAGUGGAGUAG